AAUGUAGUCGAGCAAUCAGCUCCCGUUGUACUAGGAUUCCAACACGAAAGAGAUGUACCCAGAGUAGAGUACGUCACAGCUGAUUGCUUCAGCAAUUACAUGAAAAUCACUGUCCAGUUCAACGGUUCUUUUGAUGGAUUGGUCUAUAGCACAGGUUACGCUCACGACAGUGAUUGCGUUUACAUCAACGGGUCAGGAUUGGAGCGUUACGAGUUUUCAAUACGGCUCAACAGGUGUGGCACUCUAGGAAGACCAGAAUUCGAACCUUCUUCUAAUGAAGAUCGCAAUCACUUCAUGUGGAACACUAUUACUGUGCAAUACAACCCAGAAAUCGAAGAAGAUUGGGAUGAGCAUUUUCAAGUCACCUGCGAGUAUGGUUACGAAUUUCGAAGAACUGUAACUUUUCCAGUUGUGGGAGUGGAGAAAAAUACAGCCAGCCCUUACUUAGUAACACUUUCGCCACCUCAGUGUUACAUGGAAGUCCGCACGGGUUUCAGUCCAUCAGGUGGGCGCCUUACUGGACCCGUAACUGUGGGAGAUCCUCUAACUCUCAUGAUUCAUAUGGAAAGUGACAGUACUGAAUUCGACGUCGCAGUCAGCAGUUGCUAUGCCCAUAAUGGAGCUAAGAAGAAGCUGCAGCUUAUUGACGCCAAUGGGUGCAUACUUAAAGAGCAACUCAUGAGUCCAUUCCGAGGCGUUCGAAGCGCAGGUGGUAAUAAUCAUAUCGCUUUGUAUGCUUACUUCAAAGCAUUCCGAUUUACCAGCAGCCCAGCCCUGUACUUAGAAUGCGAUGUUCAUAUGUGCCAUGGUACAUGUCCUGCUCAGCGAUGCCAUUGGAAAAGUCUGACGAAACGAUCAGCAGACAUGCAACUGGAAGCAGACAAUUCGUCCCUGACUUCAGAGAAUGUGAGUUUGUUUCAAGCACUUCAAGUCUUGCAAGAAUCUUCAGAAGCUUUAGGUUCAGGAAAAGUGAAAGCAGAUGAACUUCCUAGUAGCACUUUAUGUUUACCUGUCCUGGCCCUGACCGCGGUCACGACUGCUUUUCUGGCCUGUCUCUUGCUUUCGACUGUCCUUUGCAUUCUGCUGUGCCUCAGGAUGAGGAGAAUGAAAGAAGUGGGCAGUGUCUCGGACAUCAAUCCUUAUAUGACCAAUGCCUUCAUGCAUGGACAACCCUCUCGAAAGAGGCUCUAGGAAGGCUACGUUCAAUUGAAGAUAUUAGCGAAAACAAAUUGAAAAGAAAACAGAGAGAGAAAAUAUGCAUUCAUUGAUCGAGAUUUCUCGUGUUUAAAGGUUGAAAUUCUGUACCAAAGCAUUUUUCCUGCUGCUUUGGGAGCAAUUUCAAACAGUUCGUACUAUAUAUUUAACAAUAUCAUACUUAUUUAUGUAUCUCAUAGAUUUCACAUUAAAAGCUGGUGGAAAUGUAUUUUAUCAUUGAAAUGGAAAUUUUAUAUUACCAUUAGGAGAAAUGACAUGAGCAACUCUCGUGUCUUAUAUAUUUAUUGUA